AUGACGCGGGAUGAGGGACUGCCAGACUCUUAUUCCACACAGGGCUUCUAUGAGAACUACGAGCCCAAGGAGAUUCUGGGCAGGGGAGUCAGCAGUGUGGUCAGGCGCUGCAUCCACAAGCCCACAUGUCAGGAGUACGCUGUGAAGAUCAUCGACAUCACCGGUGGAGGCAGCUUCAGCCCCCAGGAAGUGCAGGAGCUGCGAGAGGCCACACUGAAGGAGGUGGACAUCCUGCGCAAAGUCUCUGGACACCCGAACAUCAUACAACUGAAGGACACUUAUGAGACCAACACCUUCUUCUUCCUGGUGUUUGACCUAACCUGUUCCCACAGGAUGAAGAGAGGGGAGCUCUUUGACUACCUCACUGAGAAGGUCACCUUGAGUGAGAAAGAAACCAGAAAGAUCAUGAGAGCCCUGCUGGAAGUGAUCAGUGCCUUGCACAAGCUCAACAUUGUACACCGGGACCUGAAGCCUGAGAACAUCCUCUUGGAUGACAACAUGAAUAUCAAGCUCACGGACUUUGGCUUUUCCUGUCAGCUGCAGCCGGGAGAGAAGCUGAGAGAGGUCUGUGGGACCCCCAGUUACCUGGCCCCGGAAAUCAUUGAGUGCUCCAUGAACGAUGACCAUCCAGGCUAUGGGAAGGAGGUGGACAUGUGGAGCACAGGGGUCAUCAUGUACACCCUGCUGGCUGGCUCUCCACCCUUCUGGCACCGGAAGCAGAUGCUGAUGCUGAGGAUGAUCAUGAGUGGCAACUACCAGUUUGGCUCCCCGGAAUGGGAUGAUUACUCAGACACCGUGAAGGACCUGGUAUCCCGCUUCUUGGUAGUGCAGCCCCACAACCGCUGCACUGCGGAGGAGGCCUUGGCACACCCCUUCUUCCAGCAGUACGUGGUGGAAGAGGUGCGGCACUUCAGCCCUCGUGGCAAGUUCAAGGCCAUCGCGCUGACCGUGCUGGCUGCAGUGAGGAUCUACUACCAGUACCGCCGCGUGAAACCGGUAACCCGGGAGAUCGUCAUCCGCGACCCGUAUGCGCUGCGGCCGCUGCGCCGCCUCAUCGACGCCUACGCUUUCCGCAUCUAUGGCCACUGGGUGAAGAAGGGUCAGCAGCAGAACAGGGCCGCGCUCUUCGAGAACACACCCAAGGCCGUGCUCCUCUCGCUGGCCGAGGAAGACUACUGAGGGGCGGUGGGGCAGGCAGCCAUGAGACCCCGCAUUGGCCUGUGUGUGAGGAGCACCAGGGCCCAGCUUGAAUCCUCGGAUGCAGGCGGCUGUCCCUGCAAGGCCUCCGCAAGAAGAGCAGCGUGAGCGUGUGCACCGCAUGGCGAUAAAUGUAGAACAGGUGUGGUCUGAAACAACCACGAGUCCUCCUGCUUCUCCACGGCCCAGCCUGCACCAUCCCAGUUUCCUUCCAUGGGGAGCCAGGGUUACUGACAGUUGGAACCCUUCCUAAGGGUGCCAGGGUGAGGAUCAGCCAGGUGUGGUGGCGCACACCAUG